CCCGCCCCCCCCCCCCCCCCCCUCAUAGGCAGGCCCUCCUCACCUCCCUCUCUCCCUGUCACUCACUUUGUUUUCUCUCACACACACUCUCCAUCACACACUACUUCUCUGUUUACUCCGUCCACACGGCGCGGAAAAUGUCAAACUAGUCAAAUAAUUUUUGGGGGGGGUUUUAUAUCCACGGGUGACACAAACCUCCUCAUCACACACUACUCCCAUCAUCCUCUGCUCGCUUCAUCUCCCUCUGUCACACACUCAUCCGCUCCUGUGACUUGUCUGAGUGUCAACAUCCCCCCUCCUCGAGUGUAAACACUUUGACUGUUAAGACUGUUGUAACCUGAGCUUCGAACAAAGAAACCCAACAUGAACUUGACCCCCCCGCGCUCAAAGCAAGCCAGAGGUUUGUGUAGAGAAUAAACAUCAAUGGCAUCCUUUGCGACGGGACUAGUUUAGUGUGUCGGUGGUGGAGCCCCGGCACGUUCUUUAGAGCAACACUAGGGGGCGCUGUAAUCGCAAAAACAGAAGGACAAUCGUGCUGAGAAAUAGUUUCAAGAACCUGCAUCCCCCCCCCGAAAAGAAGCGAUACUUGCUCCUGUAUAAUGAUGUGUAGAAGUCUCACUCACUUUCCAGUGUUACUUUGUGCUGGUGACAGUCUGUUUUUAAUUGUUCUCUGAGAAUUGAUAUUAUAUAUUUAUCAUCAUGAGCACGGCUCUCAGCUGUGACGAUGGUAUAGAAAUCUGCGGGUUUUUUUGUGUAGGUUAGGCAUUUUGUUUUAUUUGGAAUUUUAUUUUAUUUUAUUAUAUAAAAAAAUAUUCUAUAAAUAUAUUUUUUGUUUUAUCUUUUUUGGGAUUUGUUUUCUUUUUUCUUCAAAAAAAAAAAAGGGUGUUACUAAUGUUGCACGAUUUUUAUGACAUGAAACAAACGACACAAGCGUAGUGAUAUUAGUACACGUGUGGCGCUGAACAGGUCGACUGCGACAAAACGCUUUAAUGCUGCAACUUUGAGUCCAAUGUACAAACCUCUCGGUCCACAUGGGGGGAGGGGGGGGCAGCGUGACACGACGGUGCAUGGGCAAAGAGUGAAUCAUGUUAUAGGAAAUAAAAUGUAAUAUCGACACAAAUAUACAUCACAGAAAUACAUUUAAGGAAAAGAAAAUUGAAGAAAAAAGUUUAAAAUAAAUGAUAGCUAAUAUAUUGUGUUCGGCUAGUCUGCUUUUUUGUUGUAAAGAUACUUUUGUUGUUUUUUGGAGAAUGAUAUACAAUUUGUGUAUAUUUUCAUAAAUAAAGUAUGCACUGAUAUGUUAUUACAAAUUCUAUACUGCUUUUACAAAAAAAAGUGUUUGUUAUUGUACCAAAGUAUCCAUUGGUCCCCUCUUACCCGCCUCCCCUUUUUGCGUAUGUUUUACCGUAUUUUAUAUAUUAAAUAGACAAGUUGACCUACA